AUGACCUGGACAUCCCCGAUGCAUUCAAAACUAUACUCCAGCGACACUUCCAUCAAUCCAUUGGACGAACCCAUCAACUCCAACCAAGAUGCACUAAUAGGAUCACUAAUAAACAUAGGAGCUAUAGUAGGCCCGUUUCCUUUUAGUUUUUUGGCAGCAUACCUCAGUUUCGCGUUUGGUAAUAACGUGCUGUACUAUUAUUUUGGAAGACUGAUUGGAGGAAUAGCUGUAGGUGGUGGAUACGCUCUGCUGCCUAUGUAUUUGACAGAAAUAAGUGAAGAUUCAAAUAGAGGGAUUUUAUCUACAUCGUUGACUUUCUUCUGGGCCUUGGGAAAUCUGCUCCCUUAUAAAAUUUCAAAAGAGAAGCAUUUUCUAGACAUAAUAAAAAAUCCUGCGCUGAGAAAAGGCUUGAUCAUUUCCGUAUCAUUUAUAUCAUUGCAGCAACUUGGAGGCGUUAACGCAUUAAGCUUCUACUUACAACCCAUAUUCGACGCUUCUGGCAGUACCCUAUCUUCUGAUAUAUCGUCACUUAUUAAUGGAAUAGCAAUAAUUUUCGCAAGCUUCAUUACCCCAUUAGCAAUCAACAAAUUCAAAAGGAAAACUUUGAUAGUCUUUUCUUCUAUAGGAAUGACUUUAUCAUUAGCGAUGCUGGGAACAUACUUCUAUAUGCAUGAUUCCACUAGUCUUAACGUUAAGCCACUUUUCUGGUUACCACUUGCCAGUUUAUUAUCCUAUUUAUUUUUCUUCUCCUCGGGAAUGUCCGUUUUACCUUGGACCAUCGGAGCAGAACUAUUUCCUACUAGCUGUAAACAAAUAUCAGCAUCAGCUGUUUCAAGUUCCUGUUGGUUAACAUCAUUUUUAGUAACCCAGUUCUUUAACAGCAUGGUCGAUUUGAUUACUACGGCCGGUGUAUUUUGGUUCUUCGCAUUUUGGUCCGCCUUCACAAUCAUUUUCACUAUUGUUUUUGUUCCAGAAACAAAAGAUAAAAGCUUUAGGGAGAUUCAGGAUAUAUUAGGGUCGUAAUAUUUUAAAAUUUUUAUGUUAAACUAUAUAGGGUGAUUCAGAACUU